AUGAGCAAAACGAAAAGCUCGGUCAUUUUGGAAGAAAUUCAUGAAGAAUCAUCAUCACAUGAUGAUGACGAUGACAUCCCCGAUUAUUCUCAGUGGUCUUUUAAGAAAGAAACAAACAAUACUCCUAUUAAUUUAUUGUCAUAUGGAAGAGAUCAAGCGUCGGAAGAGAAUGAUGAGGAAAAAGAUGAAGAAAUUCCGAAUUACUCAAAUUGGUCAUUUCAAAAGGAAAAACGCCAGCAACCUAAUGUGAGAAAAUUUGUACCUGUAGAGGAUGAAGAAGUACAAGAAGAACAUAAAGAGCCUCUCAAAGAUAAACUAUCGGAUCAAUUACAGCAAUCUCUUGCAAAAUUUCAAAAAUCUAGUGAUGAUGAAGAAUUUUCCUUUAUUCCAAAAAAACAACAAAAACCAAAAAACAAGCCUAACAUUGUGAUCCAGAAGGAUAAAAACAAGUAUGAUUUUUCAGAUAUUUUAUACAAUUUGGACGAAGAUGAAGAGUCUGACACCGACACUGAAACACUUUCUUACGAAGAAUGGAAACAAAGACAAGAAUUUAAAACCAGGAACAAGGGACCUUUUGAUUUGUUGGAAUCUUUAAAGAAAAUGAGUGAUAGUAUUUCACCACUUGAUAAACCACUUAAUCCACAAAUGACAGAAAUGGAGCAUAAAUUAAUGCUGGAAUGGAUGUUUCCUAUUUGUAAAUACAAGCAAAAAUAA